AGAAACUCAGCCAGGAAGAGGCGGAGAAACGAGCCGAAAACACACAGAGCCGAGUUGUGAUGUGCGGGGCGUCGCCGACAUGGAUGUACAUUAACCUGAGAUUACAGGGGGCACUCUGCGUUUCCACACGGCUGAGUCGCUUUCAUUAACGGCAGGGGAGCGCCUGGCAGGCCGGGUCAUGCUGAUGGACCAGGACACUCAGUGGCUGUACCAGCUCCUGGCUGAGGUCCAGCUGGAGAAGUUUUACCUGCGCGUCCGGGACGGCCUCAACAUCACCCGCAUCGAACACUUCGCCUACGUGAAGGAGGCCGACCUCGAGCAGAUUGGAAUCAGCAAACCUGCACAGAGAAGAUUAUGGGACGCUCUGAAACGCCACAAGACGUCGAUGCGGCCGCGGACAUGGAUGAACAAGGUGUUUAGCGGUCGGGGUCCGGAUGGAGGUGAGCAGUGGAGCGGAGGGGGUCCCGGCCAGGAGAGCAGCAGCCGGACCCUCCCCUGUCUGAUCCAGGACAGCGAGCUGACGCUGGCGGAGAAGCUGGGAUCCGGAUCCUUCGGGGUGGUGAGGAGGGGCGAGUGGCAGACGCCCACCGGCCGAGUGCUGCCUGUAGCAGUGAAGUCACUGAGGAGCAGUGUGUCCAGGCAGACAGACACGCUGACAGACUUCCUCCAAGAAGUGACCACCAUGCAGUCCUUGGACCAUCCCAACAUCAUCCGGCUGUACGGAGUGGUGCUCACACAGCCCCUCAAGAUGGUAACAGAGCUGGCCGCCUUGGGCUCCCUGUAUGACACCCUGCACUCACGACAGUAUGAAUACCCACUGCUGCGUCUCUGGCUCUUUGCGACCCAGAUCGCCGCAGGUAUGGAGUACCUGGAGAGCCGGAGGUUCAUCCACAGGGACCUGGCUGCCCGGAACGUCCUGCUAGCAUCGAAGGAGCUGGUGAAGAUUGGGGACUUUGGCCUGAUGAGGGGCCUGACCCAGGAGACGGACCACUAUGUGAUGUCGGCACACAGGCGGAUCCCGUUUGCAUGGUGUGCUCCAGAGAGUUUGCGUGUCGGCUCUUUCUCCCACUGCUCAGACGUGUGGAUGUUCGGUGUCACCCUGUGGGAGAUGUUCACCUACUGCGAGGAGCCCUGGUUCGGCCUGAACGGCAGACAGAUUUUGUGGCGUGUGGAGCGGGAAGGUGAGCGCCUGGAGAGACCGCCAGAUUGCCCGCAGGAACUUUACAGCGUGAUGAGGAAGUGCUGGGCCUGCAACCCGGCCGACCGACCCACCUUCUCCCAGCUCGCCACGCUGGUGGCCGAGGCUAAACCGAUGGAGGUGCAGGCAAUACGGGACUUUGCUGAACCCAGGAAACUCGCACUUGUGCCCAACGACCUUGUGACCGUCAUAGACCAUGGUCUGGAGCUGUGUGAGUGGAAGGGCCAGAACCAGAGGACGCUGGCGGUCGGCUGGUUCCCUGCCAGCCUGGUCGCACCGUGCCUCCCUGCUGCCAGCGCUGCCGGCCCCGGCCCCGCCCCUGCGCCUGGCCCCGCCCCCGGCCCCGCCCCUGCCCUCGGCCCUGGUCCUGGCCACGGCCACAUCUCAGCUCCCGUGAAAGGCAGCCUGAAGCACACCGGGCAUGGAGACAUCAAACCUGAGCGCAGCUGGGGGACACCUGAGAGGCUGGACGACAGUGGCAGCUGGAGGACCGGCCUGGCCAACAGGGAGAAGGAGGGGUCCAAUCUCCAGAGAAUGGCAGGUAUGUCUCGCAGUCUGGAGUCAGUUUUGAGUGGGCCGCAGGGCAGGCCUCACACAGGCGGGGGGGUCAAACUAGACCACCAGGGGAGGCCUGUGCCCUCCAUCAUGAUGGCCCACAGCGUGGUGAUGCAGCAGGACCACCGCAGAUUCAGCGAAGCCAGUAUCGUCCCACCUCCGCGGCCUCCACCCCCCAACUUCAAGCGCCUCAGGCCUCAGAUGAGAGAGCGGAGGCCCACGGUGCACCCUGUCCCAGGCAACCCGUGGCCGCCGCAGAUGCUCCCCCAGUGCCAGCCACAACCUCAGCCCCUACCUCCACAGGUCAUGGGGGGCAGCAACCUGGUUAAAAUGAGUCCCAUGACGCGCUCCACCCCACUGCUGGAUGACAAUUCAGAAAGCAAAGACAGGGAUCGAGAGAGGGAGAGGGUCCGAGAGAGAGACAAGGAACGCUACUCACCUCAAGUGCAGCACUCAAGAGACGCCGUCAUCGCACAGGUUAUGGAGGCGGUGCAUGGAGUGACCACAGAGGAAGUACACAGCGCGCUUCGCCGCAAUGACUGGAACCCAACGCGAGCUGAACAACAACUCAAGCUGGAGCAGCUGUACUCGCUGAGCCUCUGCUCCAGAGACGACUGUGUGAGGAUCCUCUCCAAGUACCAGUGGAACCUGCAGCUCGCCAGCCGCUACGUGAUCCGGAUGACCCGGGAAGAGCGACUGGCUCCGGGCGAGAGGGAGCGACCUCAGAUCAGCACAGAGAGACGAAUUUGAAAUGUUUUUUUGUUCUUACUCUUAUCGUCUGCUUCUGGCGAGGGACAGUUGACCUGAUCACCUGAACACCUGAUCACCAUCGUUGAGUUUGGUGAUGGUAGUUUUUGGAAUGGGACAGGAUCUCUCAUUUGCUUUUCCCAGCCAGUCCAGGGCUCAAACCAGUGAUCGUCCUGUCACAAGCCGACUUCUCAAACUGUCCAGGCAUCGGACAUCACCACAGAGGAUAUAAAAAUGGAACAAUGAAGAUGGAUGAGUGUAACUAAAAAAUGAAAAGACAGGAAUUUACGAGGACUCGCUUUUUCUCACCACUGUUUUAUACUUUUAACGAGUUUGUACCCACCACAUUAUCUAUUUGUUUUUUUGUUUUUUACAAAUAGUUUUCUAUCUUUAUGAAUUUGUAUAUACUAUAUUAGUAAUGAUUGCCAUGUUGAAUAAAUAAAUGAUGAAUAAAUUGUUGAUCAGGUGA